CAUCGUGCUGUAUGGUGGCCGCAGGCGCAGGGCGAGAGUGGGCGACCUCAUAUAGCGGGCGCGGGAGGCGGCUCCUUUAUUUGUUGGUUGUGCGUUGCGUGCGAGGGACGUGCAGGGACACUAUGCGGACGAUACUGAUAUUAGCGCUUUGCGCUGCCACCGCGUAUGGUCAAUACAAUGACUCGCCUGCUCCUCGGAGAAUACAAAUUCCCGGAGCCAUAGCUCUUGGCCCCGCGCCCGGCGCCUUCCGCCAGGGGCGACUGCAGAGCGGCCCCCCGGCCGGCGCCCCCCGCUUAAGGAGGCCCGGCCAAGGCAGGCCUUCCUUCAAGUCCGUGGACGCAUCUCCCAGACCCAAUCUACAGUCAAUCGAGGAGCCCUCCAAACCAGUCACCGAAGAACCCGAAGACGAGGUUGAAAUCAACACCCCCACCGCCUUCGUCCCUAGCAUUUUUACUACACCGGAACCUCAAAACGAUUUCUUCGAUUUCACCACCACAUCUCAGCCGAAGCCGCCGAUAGCGUUCAACCCACCUCCCUUCCAGCCGUCCUCGACUCCGUCUGUCUUAAGACCCGAGCCGAUCAGACCCACUCAGUACAGACCAUUAUUGCAACCGCAAUCUUUCGCCCCCAUCAGAAAUGAAGCCCCCUUCAAGCCUCAGCCAGUACGCCUACAACCUCUGUCAAGCAGACCUCAGCGGCCAUCGUUCAGGCCGGAGCCCAAACCCUUGGUAGAGGAAGACGAGGCCCCUAUCCAACCAGUAAGACACAGGCCUCAGCCGCAGGAGCCCGUCAACCGAGCGCCGGCAAAAACUUACGUUCAACAGAACUACAAACCCUCCAACCCGAGGGAAAAGAAACCAGUUGCUCAAAUCAUACGCAAAUUCAGGGAUGAAAACCCGGACGGAAGCAUUACAUGGGGAUUUGAAAAUGACGAUGGUUCAUUCAAGGAGGAAACUAUAGGUAUCGAUUGCGUUACACGCGGAAAGUAUGGUUAUGUGGAUCCAGAUGGUUUGAAACGAGAGUACAACUAUGAGACUGGCAUUCCCUGCGACAAGAGCAAGGAACAGCAAGAAGAGAAAGGGUUUAUAGACUACCAAGAAAACAAAGCAGUCCUACCUAAUGGUAUCACAAUUGAUCUCAAUCAGAUGGGGAAAAAAUCUAAAAGGCCGUUCAGGUCACCUGGCAACCACUAGGUUUUAGGAAUAUAUUUAUUAGUAGUGAAAUGUAAAUGAUGUAAGGACAUUAAAUAUUUGUUACCUUGUGAUAGCAAGUGUAACAAGCAUGAGGACAUUACAUUGAGGUGACUAAGUUUUUAAUUGCUUGUGUGUUGACAAGUUGACAAAUGAAAUGUGAAAAUAACAUGAGUGUGCAAUUAAAAACAUUUUGUAAUUA